UCAUGCGCAGUCUUCUGCUGCUUUCCCUCAUCAUCCUGGCUGUGGUUCUUGACGGUGAGACUUAUAGCCUCAGUUUUGGGGAUCAGUUUACCACCGAUAUUAUCCUGUUCAAUAAAACGGUGGUCCGUCGACCCAUUGAGUAUAAAAGCUGGAAUGUGAAUGUGGACUUUCCUUGCGGGGGCUCGAUAAACAACUAUACCAUCACGGUUAUUUAUGUCUAUGACAACUUUUUGAAUGGCUCUGGAGCUGAGCCCAGUUUGCUGAGAGGUGGUGUGGGUGCCAGCGAAGUCACCAUCAACCUGAGCGGGGAAGUGGGCCACGGCAUCAACUCUACCAUAGAGAUAUGGGGAUUUUAGAGUCCUUUAAUGAAUAGUUCAGCAUUUAUUAUCCAUAUUUAUUAAACGAAAG